GACAUGAAAUUACAGCAGCAAUAGGUCAACGAUUUCUUUCGCCAAAAGUUUAUAAGAAAGUCCUUGAAUUACUUCCAAAAGAAGCUCAUGGAAAUUUAUCAUUUAUUGCAGCAUGGGCGGAUCAAGUUAAAUAUACACCAGAGUACAACUUUACAGCACCAAUGCACUAUUUUGAUACAUCACCACUAACAGAUAAUCCACCAUCUUAUUGCUCUGUCGAUUGGGUUCCAGGAAAAGUUGAAUUUGAUGUGAUUACUGCAAUUCAUAAUUAUUCAAAUAGACUUGAUCCAAACUCAGAUCUCAGCUUUUUGUCAAGAGCUGAAGCAUUAAAAUUUCUAGUUCAUUUUAUCGGAGAUUUACAUCAACCUUUGCAUAUUACAAGUAAAGAUAAAGGUGGAAACGGUAUACCAGUUACAUUUGAAGGACACAAUACGAAUUUACACUCCAUAUGGGACACGUCUAUUAUUUAUAAACGAAUUCGUGAAUUUAAUGAAAAUUCUACUUUUGACCAUAAUUUACCCAAGAAUGAUAAUCGGUUUAACUCUUCUGCUCCCUUAUCCGAAGGCCCAUCUUAUGACCUAUAUUUAAAUUACAUAGUUGGUUUAAUGAGAACAACAUGGCGCAAUGAACUUUCAUCAUGGACUAUCUGUAAUGAAGAUUUAAAACUAUCAAAUGAGUGUCCCUCAUCUAGUCCUAAUAAAUUCCAUUUUUCUUCUGCAAAUGAAUCUUCUAAUCAUUUUCUCAUAUCAAUAAAUCAAGAAAUUUCAUUCAGUGCAACUUGUCCAGAAUAUUGGGUUAUAGCCAUAAAUAAAUUAAAUUGUCAAGUAGUUUUUAAAUAUGAUCCUGAAUCAGAUUUGAGCACUGGUGAAUAUUAUGAGAGAAUUGUUAAUGAGAAAAUUAUUGAGAAAUUAUUAGCUGUUGCUG